AUAAAUGAAGGCAUCUUUGCAUUAUUGUUUUUGUAAUAACCAGACGAGUAACUGUGUCAAGUGUUGCAUUUUAAACGACGUAGACCGCACAAUCGGAUGUUUCUGCAAAUUUUGAGCAACAACUGCACAGCAGUAAGCACAAAAUAUUGUGCUUACUGCUGUGUUGAUUUAAGGGGUACAUGCGUGUCCCUUUAGUUUGUUUUGUUAAUAGAAGUUGGAUAUACUUAUAUCUUACAGGCUUGAAGAAGAAGAUGAUCGCCCUCGGGUGGUUGAAACAACAUGGGACUGUAAUCGGGUGGCGAAAGACCGUAAUUCGGCACCUUUAUUGGUGUGCAGUAAACAGUCAUGGCAAUGAAAAGUUGUCUCUGGCAAGAUGGCUGUCUAUUCUCCGCCACAUCGUGAAUGUGCAUGACCACCCUGACCCGCUCCACCCAUCCUGUUUUCACGGCGAGAUGCCAGAACGUGACUGGCUGGUUGAAGGAUCAGAGUCAUUCCAACGCCUGAAAGCAAUUUUGGCAGCACCACACCUUCUGCGGGACCUUCCCCGGGCAUCACACAAGGCCCAGACGUUUGGCCUAGAGGCCUUUCAUAGCCUGCUCAUCCACUUCGCCCCUAAGAGCAGCAAGUUCACCUACGAAGGCAUGCUGGCAAGAACAAAAAUUGCCGCUCUCCAUUACAACGAGAACAGCGGCAGGGACAUACUCACCGACCCCAGUGGUGCAGAGAGAAUUUCACAGAGAUUCUCUCGAGGGGAAAAAGAAUGGACUGUAGUGCCAGUGAAACAGAAUGCAGGCUACGGGUACAUAUCCGUCCUGUUAACCAACGUGAUGGACUGCCUGGGGAAGUGGCCAUCGUUUUCAACUGCUGAGCAAGCAUCUGUGCGAAGGCAUCACGAGACGCUUUCAUCUAAGUAUGGUCCCAAACCACGAAAGGAAGAGGCAAGGAAGAAGCAGUACUCACGCUUUGCGCCUAAGUUAACCAUCAGUCCUGCUGAGAUCAUAAAUAGUGCUCAAAAAGAAAAGGACAGACAUAAGAACAACAACACAUGGCGCUGUGCCAUGUGUUGUCAUUCUUAUGUCUGUCCUUGUCUUUUUAGCGCUAUAUAGGAUCCCAGUAUGACACAUCAACCAGCCUGAAUUACCACUGUGAUCAAUCCAGCAGCCAGACACCCCCAUCACUAUUAAACGGCCCUUUUCAGGGCCACCAAAUGGCUGCCUUGGCGGGUGUGAGCAGAGCAUUGAUCCCAUUCUGCCCUCUUGUGCUGUGUGCGUCUUAUUAGCCUCACUGGAUUCAAACAUACAUUUAGUAUAGAGUACAAGCAACAG